ACCCUGUCUUCGUAUGAGGUGAAGCCUAAACCUGGUGUAAAGGUUAGGGAAAAGUUGUUGUUUUUUAUUUAAGAAAAAAAUGAAAAAUUAAAAAAAGCUUUAUUACGUAAUCAUUAAAAAAUUUAUAUGAUGAGGACUGAAUGUUUAGAAGAAAUGUUUUAGCAUAGACAAACAACGGGAGACAUCCUUUAAUAUUUAUAAUCAGCUUCGAAGUUUUGAUGGAUGCAUCUAGUGUUUCCUCUUUUACAGAUGCUGAUUUUGAUUCCUACUGGGAAGAUGAAUCAAAAAGCAAAAACAGGAAUAGAAUUCGUGUAGGACGUCAAUAUCAAGCUACAGUCCCUCAACUUUUAAAGCCAGGAGAAUCUGAUGGUAGACAGUUAGAAGACUUGGAGACGCUGAAGUGGAAACCUAACAAUGAUCUGAGUGAUCAACAGUUGGAUCAGUUUUUUUCCGUAGCAAGAGCCGUAAGUUUCUUUGCUAGAGCCAUUGACAAAUACCAGCAUUCAGAUAAGGAGUCAGACAAGUGCAUACAGACAGCUUUAAGGGGUUUGACAGAGUAUGUGACAUCUCACCAUCCUUGUCACCAUGAUGCAAACUGUCAGCUUUCUCAGGGAUCUUCUGACCCCCAGCCUUCUGGCUCCAACAGUUCCAAUGAUUGGACUUAUGGUGAAGCUCAACUGUUUGCAAGAGCUCUAGAAGCUUGUGGAAAGAAUUUUGGAGCCAUUAAGAAAGAUUUUUUACCAUGGAAACCUGUGAAGAGUAUUAUAGAAUAUUAUUAUCAAGGAAAAGAGGAGCGACCAAAUUCUUCUCAUAAUAAUUUAGGUGAACCUUCCACCAGUAUGUUUUCUGUAGUAGAGCCAAAAAAAGAAAUAAUAGAUUGUGAUGAUCUAGGAGAUCCUCAUACUUCUCCAGAUAGUGGUAGCAGUGAAGAACCAGAUAAUUCAAUACCAGAAGAACGCAUUGAUGAACCAUCAGAUGAUAAACAAGAUGAUGAAACAGGUUCACAUCCUAACCUUCCUACUACAUCUUUAACUGCUGAAGUGCUAGAGGUGAAACCUAUGAAGGCAAAGCCAGUUACUGCCACCCUAGAUCUUGAAACAUCACCUCUUGGAAGCCUUCAGUUCUAUUUCCAUGGAAAACUGGUUCUGAAACUUAAUGCCCAACAACAUGCUAAUACUAAUGGACAUCAGUGCCAAUGGGUUCCAUCUGUAGACACCCCCAAAGUUCCAUUUCCAUGCAGUGCAGGACAGUGUAAAAAGAAAUAUGUUGAGCUGUAUGAGGACAGCAGAACUGUUGAUGGUGCUGAUCUUCAGGAGGUGGAAGGAGGCUUCAGUAAAAAAGCUAAACUUAAAAAUGAUUUUGCUAUUGUGUGGCCAGAGGAAAGCUUUGGAGCACCUGUUCAUUCACCACAAUCACCAGCACUCAGUGAAUGGAGACACCGUGGUAGAGCCACUCCAUACGAUGGAACCCUGUCUCCUUUUUCUGGUGUAUGUUCAGACCCAAGCGACAGUGAUAUUUCCCCUCUUCAGAGUCCCACCGACAAGUGUAGUACAAAAAAAAUACUGGGACCUAGUGAGCUAUGUUCAGUGAAGGAUGACCUUUGUAUUAAACCAGAACCAGUAUCUCCAUGUUCCCAUCCUACUCACAAUAUUGAGGGGAGGAAGAUUCCCUUUUACAGUUCCUGCCAUAAGCAGGAUCCUCAAAAAUUUAAUACCCUUGAAGAAGUGAAGAGACCUUUUUCUCAGGUUAACUGUACUGAUGUGUCCCAACAGAUUGAGUGUUCAGUGCCUAUUUCAUAUCCGUCUAUGUUGAAAACUGUUUUAGAGGCAACGGAUAAAACCGGGUACAAACAUUUGUUGUCAAGUUCAUACAAGCUCAGCAAUGUAAAGCAAGUAGAAGUGCCACUAGAUUUGUCCAUAAAAUCAUCGCAGCCUUCUGUGAACAAACUGCAUGCAGUAGAGACUAACUGUCAAACUGAUGGAAAGCUAAACAGUUGUAGUCAUAAGCAAAAACAAUUAUCCUCGUCAUGGCCAGAUGAAACUCUGUCACAUCCCCCUGGGCUCAACACACGUCGGUCUUCCAAACAGAUUAAACGUUCUUCUUUUUCUUCACCUGAUGUACGUCCAUCUGUGUCCUCCUUCAAGUCUUUGACCUCUUCUCCUGUGGGUGGUAUCAGUAAACAACACUCGGCAGACAACAAGUGGACUAGCAUCAAUGCCAAGCCAUUAACAUUACCCCCAGUAAUCAGUAGUGCCACAAACACUUUACAUCCUGGAAGUGCUACAUGGACUAGUUUCAGUGCAAAUCCAGACAUCUUGUCUCCAACUCACACAUGGGAAAAGUCUGAUGCAACAGUUGCUUCUUUAACAAGCUACCAAGAACAACAUUCUGGUCUAACUUACCUGUCCAUGCCAAUCUACAAUAUGGCUUAUCCUUAUCCAGCAAAUUGUGUUGAGAAUGUAAAUGGGGUGUCUGCUUCUACAGAGGUAAACUAUUUCAGUCAGAAGAAUUCUCCUAUAAAACUGAAAAACAUGGAGGAUGUCACCAGUUCUCCUUCAUCAAAAGAAAAGGAAAUUCCAGCAUGGGUUACCAAUAGACCAACAGAUUUAACAUCAUACAUUCCCUUGUAUCCACACAUCUAUUCAUACUAUCCAUAUGCUUACAAUUUAUCUCAAGUGUCUUGGAAUGGUGCAGUAACCCCCACAGAAGCAUCGGAUGCACCAUUAGACCUGUCAUCUCCUCCCUCUGACAACAUUCCAUGCUCACCCAAACAAAAAGAAACCAUAGUUGGGAGCAGUAGAGCUGUGCAAGUGCCAAAGGAUGAAACAGGUAGUGUUCAAGAAGAAAAAUCCUGCUGAGCCAAAUGAUUCGGUACAACCACAACAGAUGUAGCUAACAGAGCUAGUUGAUGAAAGCAGAAGCUAUAAGGUUUUGAAUUGGAAAAAAAUGUGCAGAAUGGUAUAAAGGAUUUAAUCUAGUAUCAUAUCAACAAGGGAUUAUUAAAACCUUUUAAAACUUUUUAAGAAUUUGAUCUAUUCAAUGACUUAGGUGCCCCUAAAUGGUGAGGAGUGGGUCAUUGUUUAUAUAGCUUCUUAGAUAUAGAAUUAAACAUGCCAGGCUAAUGUAUUUUAAGCUGAGCAGUAAGUUAUAAAAAAGUAUAUUCAAUUAUAUGUAACAAGAA